AUGGAGAGGAAGUUUGUUUGCGGCCUGCUGUACGGAGUACGGAGUAUACUUUGGGGGGGGGAACUGGCCUGAGGCGGCCGUGUCGAUAACUUGAUUGCGCUUAUCGUCACUUUUGUUGCUUCUCGUCACUUCAUCAUAUCCUGACUUCGACUCCACCCUACUGUCUCCAUACCACAUGGCCUAGCCUCCUUACUCUCCCAAUGUGUGAUUUCAUGGUCGGCCUUUCCCCCGAUCUAUAAUGACCGCGCCGGCAUCCUCCACGCCUCGAGGCACAGCCCCGACCUCGUCCACGUCCGCGCCCGCGUCCUCCCCGCUCACCGCGUCGGUGAUCAAGUUUCGCUGCCUCUACACACACGAUCUACGCCGAAAGUCUAAACGCUGGCAGGAUGGCUAUCUCCGAUACCACGCGUUUAACAAACGCGUUAUGGUAUACGAUGAAACCGGGAAUUACAUCGGAGAUCACCAUUGGCGGUCCAAUGACGAGGUACAGGACGGCGACGAAAUGGAGCUGGAUAAAGGGGCGUUGAUCCAAGUUGGUGAGCGCAUGGGAAGCACCCAGACGGAUCUUACCAAUCUGCUUGAGAAACGCAAGUCGACUCAGGGUUCCCCGCAGGCGAAUGAUCCCGCAUCCCAGACACCGCGUGCCUCAGCACCUAUCCGAUCCUCAGGAUCAUCACAGCCGUUCCGCUCGUUGAAUGAGCUAUUAGGAAUCAAGAAGACCCCGAUUGGUCAUUUGGUCUCACCGUAUGAAGAACGACAUCCCCCGACGCCGGCUGCAAAUGUCCUUGAGUCGUCCGAACGAGCACCGAAACGACAAAAGGUUUCCUUGGUAGAGAAGGCGCCUGUGAACAAGCGGAAUACUCAGUCGCAGGUUGUGGAUCUGACAAUUCAGGACGAUGAGCCUCCGGUGACCAGAGCGCCAAACGUUGCCCAAGGGCGGACAACACCUCGUGCACACGGGGAAGCAGAACCGCCUAGGAAUCACCUGGGACCGAAGAAUCAAGCUUCAUCGGUGGUUCGAUCCCCAAAUGUGGCAAAGGAAUCAGAUUCAGCGAGAUCCGACAUCUCCAUAUUCGCUCACCCUGUUUCCCCACCCCCGAAUGCAUCGAGAACCCAGCCUCCAAAGCCCGUGCCCCUUGUCGCCCCUAGCAACUCACGAAGUGAACAGAGCGAAGCCCGUAAAACCGCGAAUACUGCGACCAAAGCAAAAUCACGAGAAAGUCCACGAGAGACACCACGGCAAGCAGCACGGCCUCAACAAGGCUUGGGACAAAGAAAGCCAACUCUUCCAGAGGAUAUACCACAAAAAGGGACAGAGUCACCAAAUCCAGUACGAUCUGAUCAACCGACAUUUGCGAAACCAGCCUUGCCAUCCUGGCUGGAAUCAUAUAGGAGCCGACCUUCACGGCCAAUGCCGCCUACAGCUGCCAAAGACGGACGGAGUGAACAGUCUGAAGAUGGCAAAGUCGACAGUGGCGUCGUUCCCCCCACGGAUAAGUCGACGCCCAACUUACCUAGAGGCCCGGUCAAUACUCUGCGUAUGUCGAGUGGGAAACCACGCCGGAAGUUGAUGUACAGCGCAUUGCUACCCGGCGAUGCAUCGCAGAGCUCAACGCCGGGGCUGUCCUCAUCCUCGCCUGGGAGCCAAAGUCGAUCGAUACUCAAACCCGACGAGUCCCAACCUGCUGCGGCUCGGCUCCGGGAGAUUGAGUCUACGAGUGCAGAGUUCAUGCCUUCUGACUCCACUCAAUUCAUUCUGGACGAGAUGACAGCCCCAUGCCCGGAGACCGAUCUUGCACGAAAGACAAGUAAUCCGGCCAGUAUUCACCAAAAUCCAACCCUGCAGAGAAAACUACCAACGAAGAGAGCUCUUGAUGCGCCUUUCCGCAAAUCCCUCUCAGACCCGACUGCCUUGACAAAUGUCCAGACGCGACCGACAUUGACCCGGAGUGCACUGAGUGCAGUUCCUGAGCAACAGGAGCAUGCUGAAGCAGGUCCCUGGACGUCCGAGGCAUUAGACUUGUUUGACUUUUGGCCACCUGGACGGCCGAAACCUAAUUGCGCAGAUUAGGGCAGGAUCAUGCUUCCUGCGUGUUGAUCUGUGUUCCAUCAUUAUACCCCCCCCCCC